AUGGGGUCGAGGCAGCACAAUGCGCAGUUCCACAAAUCCAAGACGCUCGACAACAAAUACAUGCUUGGAGAUGAGAUAGGGAAGGGGGCGUACGGCCGCGUAUACAAGGGGCUUGACCUGGAGAAUGGCGAUUUCGUGGCCAUCAAACAGGUCUCGCUGGAGAACAUUCCGCAGGAGGAUCUCAACAUUAUAAUGCAAGAGAUCGACCUUUUGAAAAAUCUUAAUCACAAAAAUAUUGUCAAGUAUCUGGGAUCACUGAAGACAAAGAGCCACCUCCAUAUUAUUUUAGAGUAUGUGGAGAAUGGCUCACUUGCCAAUAUUAUCAAGCCAAACAAAUUUGGACCUUUUCCUGAAUCUUUGGUGGCUGUAUACAUUGCCCAGGUGUUGGAAGGUCUUGUUUAUCUGCAUGAACAAGGUGUCAUUCAUAGAGAUAUCAAGGGCGCAAAUAUACUGACUACCAAAGAGGGCCUUGUCAAACUUGCUGAUUUUGGAGUUGCCACUAAAUUGACUGAAGCUGACAUCAACACUCAUUCUGUGGUCGGCACUCCAUACUGGAUGGCGCCUGAGGUCAUCGAAAUGUCCGGUGUUUGCGCUGCUUCUGAUAUCUGGAGUGUGGGUUGCACCGUAAUUGAGUUGCUGACAUGUGCCCCGCCAUAUUAUGAUCUCCAACCUAUGCCUGCACUGUUCCGUAUUGUUCAGGAUGUGCAUCCACCAAUACCAGAAGGACUGUCGCCUGAGAUUACCGAUUUUCUCCGGCAAUGUUUCCAAAAGGACGCGAUGCAAAGGCCUGAUGCAAAGGCAUUAUUGAUGCAUCCAUGGUUGCAAAACUCAAGACGAGCUUUGCCUGCUUCCCUUCGGCAACCUACUCCAUUGAGGAACAUCGACGGGGAUGAUGAAGGCUCAAGAGGUGAUAAUAGCUCGGGUUUUUGCGACACACCAGGAGAUACUCAAACAACUAUUGCUUCUAAUGUUGACCAGGAGAAUGGGAAAAUAGAACCAAUUAUGGACUCUGCUGCACAAAAUAAAUUUGAAGGGCUUCAUGAUGGAAAUUUAAAACUUGCUGAGGGCAGUAGUUCAAACAAUGUGGCGCUUAUGAAAGAUAAUGUGGUCCUUAAUAAAGAUCCGACACUAGUUUUACAUGAGAAGUUACUGGUGGAAUCUUCAUCUGGAGGUGCUGACUUGAAUGGCAAAGUAAUGGCACAUGAACUAUUGCAAGGUGGUCCUCCAAGUAAGGUAGAGCUGGAGAAUAAAGAAAGUUCAAGUGUUGAGGAUGGUGAUGUGUUCUCCUUUCAGGCUGGAAGACAGAAUAUUGACUUCCAAAAGGUGGUUGAACCUUCAGUUGUUGAGGUGCCGAAACAGCUUAGUAGAUUUAGUGACAAACCUGAAGAUGCCUCUUUGGAAGACUUAUUUCCACCAAUCGAUAAACGGGGAGAUAAUGGGGCUGAACCUUCGACAUCAACUACUGUCCAAGAACUUCAAUAUAAUGGUGUACACAAUGAAUUUGCGAAGGGGCUCAAUGCCAGGGUGGAGAAGCAAAAAGAAAAUGAUAGUGAGUCCAUGAAUGGUGGAAAACUAAUUGAAUUUGCCAUGCAACUAGAAAAUAUUGAUGCGUCGGGUUUUGGUGAACAUAUUCCUGGAGAGAGUCUUUUCCCUCUGCAGUCUGUGGAAUACAGCAAAAUAGUAGCACAACUGAAACCAGGGGAAAGUGAAGAUGUAAUACUGUUGGCAUGCCAAAAGCUUCUAUCAAUCUUCAGUCACCGGCCUGAGCAAAAACAGAUUUAUAUGACACAGAAUGGUUUCCUCCCGCUGAUGGAACUCCUUGAAAUUCCAAAAAAUCGUAUUUUAUACUCAGUUCUGCAGCUUAUCAACAACAUUGUAAAAGAUAGUACAGGCUUCCUGGAAAAUGCUUGCCUUGUUGGCCUUAUUCCAGUGGUGAUGAAUUUUGCAGAGCCAAACCGCCCAAAGGAUGUUCGGGUGCAAGCAUCCUUGUUUCUUCAGCAGCUUUGUCAAGCCAGCACCUUGACAUUGCAAAUGUUCAUUGCAUGCCAAGGAAUCCCUGUUUUGGUAAGCUUUAUGGAGCCUGACUAUGCAAAAUACAGGGAUAUGGUUCAUCUUGCAAUUGACGGCAUUUGGCAGGUCUUCAAGCUCCAGCAUUCAACUCCAAGAAAUGACUUCUGCCGUAUAGCCGCAAAAAAUGGGAUGCUUCCUAGGCUGGUGAAUACACUACACAGCCUGAACGAAGCAACAAGAUUUGCCUCAGUCUCAGGGUCAGGUGCUUCAGUAACACAGAAUGGCUCAACCCCCCGACGAAGAUCUGGCCAAUUAGACCCUUCAGUUCUUGAAAGUUGCAAGGCGCGGCUGGAUCAUCAUCAUUCAUCUGGUUCUCUGCAAUCUCUACAAGCAGAUGCAGAUAAGCACCAUAUAUUAAUGGACUCAUCAUCUCCUAGGUUCAGCGAUAAAACCGGCAGUAACUUGGAGAGGAAUGAGAAUGACUUGGUUAUUCGGCCACCGAGGCUUAGUGUUUCUGCUGGAAGGACAUCUACUGACAGAUCACCAAAGCACGUAGAACUAGUUUCAAAUGGUCAUAAUAGCGGUCAAAAUGACCAUGUCCGACCUCUACUGAGUUUAUUGGAGAAAGAACCGCCUUCUCGACAUGUAUCUGGACAACUUGAUUACGUUCGCCACAUAUCUGGAUUGGAAAGGCAUGAAACCAUUUUGCCACUAUUACAUACAUCGACAGAGAGGAAAACAAAUGGUGAACUUGACUUAAUGAUGGAUUUUGCUGAGGUCUCUAGACAUGGAAGGGAGAAUGCCCAUCUGGACUCUAGUAUAAAAGCUUCAAAUAGAGUUCAUAGCAUGAAAUAUGCACCUUCGGCAAGUGCCUCUAAUGAAGGGGCAUCAACUUCUGGAGCUGCAUCGCAAACAGCAUCUGGUGUGUUAUCUGGAUCAGGGGUGCUCAAUUUAAGACCAGGGAGUACAACAUCAUCAGGCCCAUUAGCUCAGAUGUUCUCUUCCAUGAGCGCAGAUGUGGCACGUGAAUAUCUUGAGAAAGUAGCAGAUCUUCUUUUGGAGUUUGCACAGGCAGACACCGUGGUAAAAUCUCUGAUGGCCAGCCAAAGCCUUCUUACAAGGCUUUUCCAGAUGUUUAGCAAGAUAGAACCUCCUAUUCUCCUUAAGAUUCUUAGGUGCAUUAAUCAUUUGUCGGGUGAUCCUAAUUGUCUCGAGACACUUCAACGCACAGAUGCAAUCAAACAUCUGAUACCGAUUCUCGAGCUUCGUGAUGGACCUCUGGUUUAUCAAAUACAUAGUGAGGUCCUCAAUGCUUUGUUCAACCUUUGCAAGAUUAAUAAAAGAAGACAGGAACAAGCAGCUGAAAAUGGAAUCAUCCCUCACUUGAUGAAUUUUGUCAUGUCAGACUCACCUCUGAGGCAAUAUGCCCUGCCUUUGCUGUGUGAUAUGGCUCAUGCUUCUCGCAACUCUAGAGAGCAGUUGAGGGUUCAUGGAGGAUUAGAUGUGUACUUAAAUCUGUUGGAGGAUGAUGCAUGGGCAUGCACGGCAUUAGAUUCUAUUGCUGUUUGUUUGGCUCACGAUAAUGAUAACAGAAAAGUAGAACAGGCACUGUUGAAAAAAGAGGCAAUUCAGAAAUUAGUGAAGUUCUUCCAAGACUGCCCAGAGCAGUAUUUUGUCCAUACAUUGGACGCUUUCUUGAAGAUAAUCACGAAAUCUUCUAGGCUAAAUACAGCAAUGGCCACCAAUGGUUUGACAUCAUUGCUCAUUGCAAGACUUGACCAUCGAGAAGCUAUUGCCCGCUUGACUCUGCUGAAACUCAUAAAGGUUGUCUAUGAGCACCAUCCUCGACCAAAGCAGCUCAUAGUAGAGAAUGACCUCCCUCAGAAGCUACAGAACCUCAUUGAAGAACGCAGGGAUGGACAACGGGGCGGCCAACAAGUGUUGGUCAAACAAAUGGCCACCUCAUUGCUGAAAGCGCUGCACAUCAAUACAGUAUUGUGA